GUGAAGGCUAGUAAUAUAUACCACAUUUCAUGGAAAUCGGGAAUGUUUUAUAUUCAUCGAAGUAUUUAAUAACCACCUAGAUAUGUUCCACAGUACAUGAUCUCGAAGUAAUUCUCUUUCCAGAAGAUUCUUCAAGCAAUCACAAUGUCGACCGACACAGAUGUAUCUCUCUCUUCAUAUGAUGAAGGCCAGGGCUCUAAGCUUGUGCGGAAAGCUAAAGAAGCACCCUUUGUCCCUAUUGGAAUGGCAGGGUUUGCAGCCAUUGUGGCGUACGGCUUAUACAAGCUGAAGAGUAGAGGAAACACAAAAAUGUCUGUUCACCUCAUCCACAUGCGAGUAGCAGCCCAAGGCUUCGUCGUGGGAGCCAUGACCCUCGGUAUGGGCUAUUCCAUGUACAAGGAAUUCUGGGCGAAACCUAAACCUUAGAAGAAGAGAUGCUGUGUGUGUCCUGUUGUGAAAGAGCUUGCUUUAAUUAGACAUCUCAUAUUGAGGUUUCCUGUUGAUGAUAGCAAUAAAUGAUUUGAGUGUGUUCCAGAGAUAACACGGUAUUUUCAAUAAUGGGCUUUUAAAUUUAUUUUUCAGCUUGAUUUUUUUUUUUUUGUUUUAAUUAGGUUACCCUGGGGAGGCCUUACCACAAAAAAAAAAAAAAAAAAUCAGUGUCACUAAAUGUACCUGGUUGGUUGUGUUCAAAUGGUUUUGGUUUUUUUGUUUUUUGUUUUUUUGGUGCAGGUACUGGAACUUGAACUCAGAACCUCUUUAUAUC